GGUGUGCUGGUUCCGGUCUCGUGGGGAGGUGGAGGACUCGGGGAGCGGGUGCGCCAUGGGACUCACGAGGCAGUACCUGCGCUACGGGGCCUCCGCGGUGUUCGGCCUCAUUGCUAGUCCCAAGGGCAACGUGGCGUAUGUGCCUCUGCGCGGCGAGAGCGGCCGCUAUGUGGCGGUGCCGGCGUGCGAGCACGUCUUUCUCUGGGACACCCGUAGGGGCGAGAAGGUUCUCAUCCUUCAGGGCCUCAAACAGGAGGUCACUUCUCUCUGCCCAUCCCCAGAUGGGCUGCACUUGGCCGUUGGAUAUGAAGAUGGAGCAGUCCGUGUUUUUAGCCUCUUGAAUGGUGAAGCAAUUGUCACUUUUAAUGGACACAAGGCUUCUGUUACUGCUCUGAAGUAUGAUCAGCUGGGAGGCAGGCUGGUAUCAGGCUCAAAGGAUACAGAUGUCAUUGUGUGGGACAUCAUUAAUGAGAGUGGCUUGUACCGGCUGAAGGGACACAAGGAUGCUGUCACACAGGUGCUCUUUUUGAGAGAGAAGAACUUGCUGGUUUCCAGUGGUAAAGACACCCUGGUGAAAUGGUGGGACCUGGAUACCCAGCACUGCUUCAGAACAUUGGUUGGACAUCGUACUGAGGUCUGGGGCCUGGUUUUGGUGUCAGAAGAGAAGCGUGUGAUCACUGGGGCUGCAGACAGUGAAUUGAGGGUGUGGGACAUCACCUACUUGCAGGAGGGGAAGGACCCUGGGGAGCCAGAAUCCAAGAAAAGCAAAGGUUCUCUGGCUAGAGCAGAGGAGACCCGCAGCAUAGAUGAGACCUUGGACAUACAUGAAGCCUCUGAGGAGCGGCUCCUGAGGUGCAGCAAAGCUGGCUCUAUUAUGCGGGAUGGGAGGGAUCGAAUUGUUACUCUUGCCACUGACCAGACAGGUCGGAUCCUGGCCUGCCACGGAACAGACUCUAUUUUGGAAGUAUUUUAUGUUCUUUCUGAGGAUGAAAUUCACAAGAAGAUGGAAAGGAAAAUGAAGAAAGCAAGGAAAAAAGCCAGGCAGCAGCCUGAGAAGGAGGAGGAGGAACCUAAAAGCAGCAUUGAACUGAGUCUGCAGGAGGAGAUUCAGCGGGUUGUGAACAUUAAGGCUUCUGCUAAAAUCAAAUCAUUUGACUUGAUCCUGUCCCCAAAAGGGGAGCUGAAGGCCACAUUACUGCUCCAGAACAACACAGUUGAGACGUAUGCCCUGAACCCAUCUGCACAAACCCCACAGGUUGCCCGGGUGUCUAAGAUAACCAUUGGCGGGCAUCGCAGUGAUGUUAGGACCCUGGCUUUCAGCUCUGAUAACAUUGCUCUCCUGUCGGCUGCAGCUGAGUCUGUCAAGAUCUGGAACAGGUCCACCUUGCAGUGUAUCCGUACAAUGGAGUGCGAGUAUGCACUCUGUUCACUCUUUGUCCCAGGAGAUCGGCAAGUCGUCAUAGGAACCAAGACAGGGAAGCUGCAACUGUUUGAUUUGGCCUCGGGGGGUCUUCUGGAGACGCUUGCUGCUCAUGAUGGGGCUGUUUGGUCCAUCUCUCUUUCACCAGAUCAGUGCGGCUUUAUAACUGGAGGUGCUGACAAGUGUGUCAAGUUCUGGGAGUUCGAGCUGGUGAAGGAUGAGAACAGUGCUCAGAAAAGGUUGUCCGUAAAGCACACCCGUAUCCUCCAGCUGGAUGAGGAUGUUCUCUGUGUACGGUACAGCCCCAACCAGAAGCUGCUGGCUGUCUCUUUACUGGACUGCACUGUAAAGAUAUUCCACACUGACACACUCAAGUUUUUUCUGUCCCUGUAUGGACACAAGCUGCCAGUGCUCUGCAUGGACAUUGCUUUCGAUGGGGCCCUAAUAGCAACUGGCUCUGCUGAUCGGAAUGUGAAGAUCUGGGGCUUGGACUUCGGCGACUGUCACCGUUCUCUCUUUGCCCACAAUGACAGUGUGAUGUACCUCCAGUUUGUGCCCAAGUCCCACCUCUUUUUCACGGCUGGGAAAGACCACAAGAUCAAGCAGUGGGAUGCCGAUAAAUUUCAGCACAUCCAGACCUUGGAGGGACACCACCAGGAGGUCUGGUGCCUGGCAAUCAGUCCCAAUGGAGACUACGUAGUGUCCUCCUCUCAUGACAAAUCCCUGCGCAUCUGGGAAAGGACAAGGGAGCCACUCAUCCUGGAGGAGGAGCAGGAGAUGCAAAGGGAAGCUGAGUAUGAGGAGAACGUGGCCAAGGAAGAGCAACCUGUGGUGGCUGGUGAGAUGCAAGGAGAGACUGGCUUAGCGGGAAAGAAGACCAUUGAAACUAUCAAAGCGGCUGAGCGGAUCAUGGAAGCCAUUGAGUUGUACAGAGAAGAGACAGCAAAACUGAAGGAGCGUGAAGCCAUAUGCACAGUUGCUGGGAAAGAGGUUCCCCUUCCUGUUAACCCUGUCCUCCAGGCUUAUGGAAAUAUUUCACCCUCAUCAUAUGUGCUUGAAGUUUUCAAGAAAGUCAAGUCAAGUGAGGUGGAGAAGUCUCUGCUGGUCCUGCCUUUCUCAUACAUCCCUGACCUGCUCACUCUCUUCAACGAGUACAUCCAGGUGGGCACUGAGGUGGAGCUCUUCUGCCGUGCUCUCCUUUUCCUCCUCAGGAUACACUUUGGACAGAUUACAAGCAAUCAGAUGCUUGUGGCAGUGAUAGAGAAUCUGAAGAAAACCACCAUCUCCAAAGUCAGUGAAGCCCAGGACAUGCUGGGAUUCAACAUGGCUGGGCUCCAAUACCUGAAGAGAGAGAUUGAAGCCAAGGGUGAGGUGACUUUCUUUGCUGAUGCCAGUGACCAUUUUGAGGAGAAGAAGAAAAAGAGGAAGAAGAAAGAGAAGCUGAUUCUUGCAGUGGUUUAGCUCUUGCUCUCCAUCAUGGGGGUGCAAUGAGUGGCUCACGCAGUGUCAGCAUGCACCAGAAACCUGUCUUUGGGCUUGAGACAGUCUGCUGUUAUGGACACUGGCUGAAGUGGACUCCAGAAGGCCUGUUCCUCUUAGAGUUGGGGGCUCUUUAGCUUUAUCGACUCAGGGCAUAGUGAGUUCUUUUCCCAGGGGUGAGAUUGAACCCCCUCUGUUCUGCUGUUAUAUUUGAACCCUUGAAUCGGCUUCAUAUAUGCUGCCCUCCUCCCUUUUCUUAGCAGCCAUUAGAAAUGGUUUCAUUUCCUCCUCCUGAAGCGGUCCAACUUUCUGUCAGUGUUUUAAUUGAGUGAGGAGGAUCAAGACAUAGUUUGCAGACUCCUUGGGGUCCAAGUCAUUUGUGUGGGGGCCGGUGGGUUGGCUUUGUGCUGGUCUUGCAACAGGGAGUGGCUUGUUGCAGAUACAGGCUACACGCUUCUCACUGCAGACCAGGCUAAGGAACAACCCCCCCCCCCCCCCCCAGUGGGGCUGGUUUCUGCCACAGCUGCAGGGCCUAGCCCUACUGCGGUGUAGAUCUGUUUUAAUUAUGUUCAGUGGGAGGGUGAUUCCAUGAAACCUUGUCAGAGGACUUCUCACAAUUUAUUGGCACUUUUUAUCAAGCUUAUCUGACAUCUGGGCCCCAGAAAUAGGCCUACCAGGAGCAAAGGGGAAGAGUGGAAGCGGGAGUUUUGCACUGUAUUUGGAGAGGGCAGGUUCACUCAGUAUGUGGAGAGGAGAGGUGUCAUUUCUGUUGGGAGUGGCAUAGAACUGGUACCAUUCUGUCUCUGUCAUCUGUUUAGAUAAAUCACAUCUUCUGGAAAUAAACCAGAGAGUAAUCCUC